AUGUCAAGACGGAACAGUUGGAAUUAUCCUGAAGUGCAAAAAAAUAUACUUCCGAGGUUUGAAAAAGAAUGGCAGCCUCCUACUGCUCCUCGAUCCACACCGAUGACUUGUUUUAGUAAGAAAAAAAGUGCGGUGAAAUUACCGCUACUUAAGGAAGAACCUACCAAUUUCAAAGAGUCAAAGAAAAACAGGGUUCAAGAGGUGAGACUCUGCUACAGGUAUAAUUUACAAAUAAAUGAUCUGAAUGCCUUGAGAAAUAAGUUACAUGAGCGUGUCAAGGUACCGCUGCCUAAGCCAAAACCAACGCGAAAUGGUUUUGUGACUUAUGCGGUUCAUCAGGUUGCUCGGACAUUUGCAAAAACACCCAAGAUGCAUGCCGUUGUUCUUCAGUAUGGAGGACCUGAAGUCUCCAAUGUAGGAGUGCCAUUUUUUAUCGAGAAAGGACUUUUCAAAGAAAAGAAUCCCAUACAUCUGAACAUUGGACAUAAUAGUUCAACUGUGGAAAAAACGUUUCACAUAGAAAUGCCGCAGAAUAGAUUAAGAGUUGGAAAUUUGGGACCAGGGAAAUGGCAGACAGAGUUGCUCAAACUGAAAAAGAAAGACAUAUUUAAAAUAUAA